UAUAUAUGAAUGUAUACACAUACAUAGCGAAAAGCAAAAUCCUGUGAGUUUACCAGCCUAAGGAUCAAAACUGUUCCAGAGUCUAGCAGUCCUGCGAUCACAACCUCCCCCCAGAGGGGAACAGGAGAAACAGACCGUGAAGUGGGUGGGUGAGAAUAUAAAUGAUGGGUUUUUGCUCCUCCCUGUUGCUUAGCAAGUGCGUCUCAUUCCCUGUGGAAUUUUGUGCCCCUAGGAGUACAUGCGCAUGAUGGGACUCAGUAACUGGCUACACUGGAGCGCUUGGUUCCUCCUCUUCUUCCUCCUCCUCUUAGUGUCCAUCUUCUUUGUGACCAUCCUCUUCUGUGUCCAGGUGAGUGGAGAGGGGGCAGUCUUGGUCAAGAGCGACCCAACUCUGGUCUUCACUUUCCUGGCUAUGUUUUGUAUCUCAACCAUCUCCUUCAGCUUCAUGGUCAGCACGUUCUUCUCAAAAGCCAAUGUAGCCGCAGCUGCGGGAGGUUUCCUCUAUUUUUUCUCCUACAUUCCGUACUUUUUUAUCUCCCCCCGCUACGACCACAUGACCCACAGCCAGAAACUCUCGUCCUGUCUGAUCUCCAACGUCGCCAUGGCUAUGGGGGCACAGCUGAUCGGCAUGUUUGAAGGGAAAGGCACGGGGAUACAGUGGGGAAACCUGAUGAAAGCUGUGAGCGUAGAUGAUAACUUCACAAUGGCUCAUGUCCUGGGUAUGCUUCUCCUGGAUUCUUGCAUCUAUGGCUUGGUUGCUUGGUACAUGGAGAACGUGUUCCCUGGAGAAUAUGGCAUUCCACAACCCUGGUACUUCUUCGUCAUGCCUUCUUACUGGUGUGGGAGUCCCCAGACCGUUCUGGGGAAAGAGAAGGAAGAGGAGGAAGAUCCAGAGAAGGCUUUGAAAAGUCAAUUCAUAGAGGAGGAGCCUUCGGAUUUGGUGUCGGGCAUCAAAAUCAAACACCUUUCCAAG